UGUACAGUGUUGCGCAAUGUAGGGCAGUAAUAUUCAACGACGACAAAGCCACGUGAAUGUGGUACCAACAAACUGAUAGGUAUUCAGAGAAGAAAAGCGGAAGGAGUGUGGUUUGUGAUUGUUGACGGAUUUUCAUUUGACCGGGUGGCCUAAAUAUUAACGAAAACUUCCUUCGUUAGCAGUUAGUCAGUGUGUUUGGCUGCAAAUUCUAUAUUCACUCAACGAUUGGCCACAAAAGUCGAAAUUCUAGCUUUGUUAGUCUAUCGCCGGACAAGUGCAAACACAAAAGCAAGCACAACCUUCCAUCAAAAUGUGAUUUGCCAGGGGUACAUAAAGCACAAUGUUUAUCAUAUAAUUAUUGCUAUGCUGGCCUUGCUUACGCCCAUGAAACGGUGAAAUGCAAACAAUCAAAAUUUGUACGCUUUGUUGUUCGUGUGAGAGCUUAUGCAGGGUUCUACCCCCAUCAGGAUAAAGACACAUUUGGCAGUGUUGUCCACUCAUAAACCGUUGCUUGUUUGCGCUCAGAUUAAUUUUGGUUGAUAAGUGUUCCCUUUAUUGCGCGGCCAUUACCACCAUCAUGGUUUACAAACCACCAGGGACCUCCUCUUCCACCAAGUCGCCAUCAACGUCGUCACGUGGUCUAUCCCCAGCUACAUCGCACUUCCGCACUGGUGGUGGCGCCGGUGGCAAAGGAAAAACCAGCUCGAAAUCGGUGACAAAUCUCAACAACUAUCGGGACAACAAUAACAAUUCGCGGGGUAGAAGCCAAGUGCGGAACCAGGGAACGACACGUGGUUUUGGGGGUAGCAUCGAGAGUUUCAACAAUGGCAGGAAAGUGAACAAUCUGUUGAAGGGCGGAGCGGUGGGAACCGGAUCCGGUAUGGUGCGGUCCAACAGUUUGAAUAAUAGUAAAACCGGCAAUCGUUCGAACAGUGUUGAAAGGAUGAAUAAUGGAAAAAUCUAUCGCGGGCGAAGUCCGCUACGGAAUUCGACGUCGAACCUACAGCUGCACCAACAACAAACGAAUCAGCACGGAAAAAAUCAGCCGUUUUUGGUGCGUUCCAGAGGAAAUGAUCGUGGCAGCAUUGACAACUUGGACAACAUCACGCAGUCUUCGAAUGGGAGCGGUAGUUCGGCUCCGGGCACACCGGAGGACAACAUUAACGUUGUGGUGCGCGUUCGACCCCUAAAUGUGAAAGAAAUUCGCAAUGCCGACGACAUGGUGGUCCAGUUCCCCGGAAACGGACAAAUCCUGUGUGAUGGCAUUCCGGCAGCCCCGGGGAGUGGGGGCCAGAAGCCCAAAUUGUUUUCCUACAACGUAGUCUUCGAACCGGGCGCAACGCAGGACGACGUGCUGCAGUACUCGGGCAUCAAACGGCUAAUCGAAAUGGCAAUCGAAGGCUUCAGCUGUACGGCAUUUUGCUACGGACAGACCGGUUCGGGGAAGACGCACACCCUCACGGGGCCUCCGGAGCUGUUCUACGGAAAACCGGAUCCGCAGCACGAAAGCCACGGAUUGGUGUUUCGAUCGUUUCUCUAUCUAUUCAAAUUGCUCCAGGAACGAAAGGAUACAAACUUUGUGUUGAAAGCUUCCUUCUUGGAAAUCUACAACGAAAAGGUUAUAGAUUUACUCAACCCAGGAACCGCUCGCAAACCGCUGGCCGUUCGAUGGUCCAAAAAGUCGAGAGGAUUUUUCGUGGAGAACCUCUUCACCGUAGACUGCGAAGAACUCGACGACCUGCUAGCGGUUCUCGAAGAAGGAAUGCGAAACCGUUCGGUAGGUUGCCACUCGAUGAACGACUACUCCUCGAGAAGCCACACGAUCUUGACGGUGCACAUCACCUCGGAGCAGCAAGCCGAAGGCGGCGUGUUCAUAUCCAAGCAGGGGAAGAUCAACUUUGUCGAUCUGGCUGGCAGUGAGAUGACCAAAAAGACUCACAGUGAGGGCAAAACUCUCGAGGAAGCAAAUAACAUCAACAAAAGUUUGAUGGUUUUGGGAUAUUGUAUUGCAUCGUUGAGCGAUUCGAAGAAACGGAGCGGUCAUAUACCCUAUCGGGAUAGUAAGCUAACCAAGCUGUUAGCGGAUAGUUUGGCAGGAAAUGGCGUAACGCUAAUGAUUGCAUGUAUUUCGCCGGCCCGAUCCAACAUAACGGAAACCUUGAACACGCUUCGCUAUGCUGCUAGAGCGAAGAAGAUUCGCACCAAGCCGAUCAUCGUGAUGGAUCCCCGUGAAGCGCUAAUUCUCAGCCUUAAACGAGAGAUCGGUGCUCUACAGGUAGAGAACGAACAUUUACGGACAGCAUUGAAUCUACAGUCUGAAUCGCUGGAAAUCAACAGUCAGGUAGACUACCUUGAACGACGUCAAAUCAUCCGAACACCUCCGAAGGUGGAUGUGGAGAAACUGAUCGAUAUGGAGGGCAAUGAACUCAAGGAGCUGGUUAAGGUAUACAUGAUGGAGAACCAAGCGCUACGACAGGAAAACUCCGAACUCUACAGUACACGAGAAAUGAUUAUGCGCGAUCAGGAAGUAGUCUGUCGAGAGAACGAAAGACUGUUGAAGAAAUUAGAGGAUGUGAACUCGGUUUGUUGUCGUUCGCCGAUUAUUCCGGCAAGGCCUACAUUUUCAGCAGAAAUGCUGAACUUAUCAGCGAGUGGAGAGGAUAUGUCGAACGUUUGGCAGAACGCUAUGAGCGCCAGCAGCGACAGCAUGGGCAGCGUGGGUCGACCUAAGCAUGAUUCUCUAGACGGCCGGGUUUCAGCUAAUGAGAACAAAAUUCCCGAGCUGUUACAAAAAGAACUUGACAAGAGAAGAAUUGGCGAUAGCAUCCAAACAAUCGCCAAUAAUUUGAAACGUCACAAUUCGUGGGAAAAUAAUCGACCUCUGAAUGGAGUGAAGCUUGCAUCGCGAAAAGGUUCAGCAGAAAGUAGACACUCAGAUCAAUCUCAGCAAAGGACGUCACAAACUCGAAUCAUUGAUUUGAAGGUUCCUUCGCAUCCCUACUCGGCGGAGUCGGGUUUUGUCGGAUCGUCCUGGUCUCCGCUGGCCAGGCGACCUGCUAGUAGUAUCAGUAGAAAUAUGUACAGUCUGCAAUCUCCCCUGCCGCUGCGGAAGCAAAAUAAUUUUCUGAGCAAGAGUCGUUCCACGGACGAGGGCCUGCUGCCAAUGAAGCGGAACAUCUUUGGCAGUUUGGUAUCACUCAACGGGGAUGACGUUACUGCUGAGGCUCAGUCGUUGAUAUGA